CGCGCAUGCGGAAGUGUUUCGUUAAUAAACAGCGGUGCUUUUUGUUUUUAGCAACCAACAUUCAACAACUUCAGAGAGUAUCGUGUGAUGUAUGGCUGCGUACCAUAUCUUGAGAUUUGCCCGCUUAUUGAGGAAAGGCCUGCCCAAAAAACAAGCCUGGACCAUCCCAAACAACACACCCUUUGUGGUGUCAGCUCAAAUAGUUUUAAUGACAGCACUGUUAGACGUUGAACCUUUAACUAAGAGACUCAGGGUUGAAAUCAGGUCUCCAACACCCUCCUCCAUAUGUUCAAUGAAAAUUAUUCGCAGCAAAGACAACGAGACAGUAGAUCAAGCGAGAAGGAAAACCAUAACAGAGGCGAAGAUGGAUUCAAGGACAAAAACUGGAGCAGAUGGUUUGCGAGGCGUAAAGACGAAAAGUCAGCAUCAAAAAAUGCGCCCAAAACAACAAAAAAAGAAUAGUCUUGAACGGUGGCUGGUAAACACCUCAAAGAACACAAAUGCGGCUGUAAUGUGCCAAACCCAAGAGGAUGUAGAAAUGGCCGAAGAAGAUUGCGUUCAAAGCACCUCAGCUCUGAUUACGGACUGCAAAAACAAUGAAAAAACAUCCGUCUCUGACUCGGAUGAGGAAACUCAACCCUUGACGCCGCAAGACCUGGAUGAAAACAAUCCUGUGUCACCGGUUCCAAAGAAAUAUGUGGGAAGUGAAUUAAUGCAAACACUGCCCAAUAAUGACGGUGGAUUAGAAAAACAAGAAAGGGAGAUUUGCCCAGCCAGCUCAGAUGACUCUGUCAAACACAAGGCCAAAAUAACAGACUUCUUUUCAGGACGCUCAUCCUCAUGGUUACCUGAGAGACGGGGAAGGCCAGAUAAGUCUGUCGAGCCUGAUGUGAAAUGGCUGGGGUCACCUAUUAAUGAGCUGAAGAGAAUGCCUGAAUGUGGCAGACCGCUUCCUCCGCUGAGGGAUGUUCCUGGACAGCACACUGUGAUGAUAAGGACUGACCUGCUGGAGAGUGGUAAAGUUCCUGCUCCAUAUCCUGCUAGGUUUCAGGAUACCUGGGAUGAUGUCUAUGUGAAGAUGCCCUGUUCCAGUAGGAGUCUGUUUCCUGUUGUGGAUGAGGAAACAAUGGAACUACAGAAUAAGAGUCGGUGGGAGUUGAUCGAGGAAACUUUAAACAACAAAUUCACAAGUCCACAUGAGUUGAAGAAUGCCAUCUUGAAAUACAGCGCCUCAAACGCCAAGAAAUGGGACUUCACAGCAUUAAGUUUAUACUGCACAAAGGUCCUGGGGCCUGAUGAGGCUGAACAUCUGUUUGACUCCCUGCUGCCAGACGUGGCGCAAUUAGCACUGAGAGCAUCCGAGCUGUGCACCAAGCCGAUACCACUCCUCAAGGUAGGCAUGGACCACUCCAUCACCAUGUCUCAGGAGCAGGUGGCAUGUCUGCUCGCCAACGCCUUCUUCUGCACCUUCCCCCGACGCAACUCCAGGAGGUCUGAGUACAACAACUAUCCAGACAUCAACUUCGUCAGACUUUUUGGGGGAUCCUCUUCAAGCAAGAUUGAGAAGCUGAAAACCCUGAUGUGCUAUUUCCAAAGUUUCACAGAGCAAAAGCCUCCUGGACUUGUCACAUUCACACGGAAAAGCUUGGACAAACCUCUGAAUUGGAAAAGCUCACAGACUCGGCUCACAAAGCUCCACAUAACUUGUGAAGGGACCAUUGAAGACGACGGUUGUGGAAUGCUUCAGGUGGAUUUUGCCAAUAAGUUUGUGGGAGGAGGAGUCACCAGUUCGGGUCUAGUGCAAGAGGAAAUCCGUUUUCUGAUCAACCCAGAGCUUAUCGUUUCUCGCCUCUUCACUGAAGCCCUGGAUCAUAACGAAUGUCUGAUCAUCACAGGUACACAGCAGUACAGUAAAUACACAGGCUAUUCUCAGACCUACAAAUGGAAUGGCUGCCACCAGGACGUUACUCCAAGAGACGGCUGGCAGAGACGAUGCACGGAGAUCGUAGCCAUCGAUGCGCUGCAGUUCAAGAACUUUCUGGAACAGUUUCACCCACAGAGAAUCAACCGAGAACUCAACAAGGCUUACUGCGGCUUUGCUCGCCCAGAGGAGCAAAGCCAAAACCUUGCGGCUGUUGCUACAGGGAACUGGGGCUGUGGAGUUUUUGGCGGCGACACCCGUCUGAAAGCUCUCCUCCAGAUGCUGGCAGCUGCUGAGGCGGGCCGAGAUGUGGCCUACUUCACCUUUGGUGACAGCAAACUCAUGACAGAUGUCCACAACAUGCACUCUUUCCUCACUCGGAGGAAGAUGAGUAUCGGGGAGGUGUAUGAUCUCCUGGGGCAGUACUACAGCUCAGUGUGCAAGAGCUGCCUCAGUCGGCGGCCUGACGUCAGCCUCUACUCCUUCAUCUACCAACAGGUCGGCCCCUCCUCGGCGCCGGAUGAGUCCGACGGGCGCUCGGCCAGACAACACGUCCCCUCAGUUAGCAGUUAAGGUCAUGUGGCCGAUGAGUCACUGUGCCUUAUUGUUGGGAAAACAGACCAUUCACCAAAUUAAAAAAAAAAUCUCAUUCUGCCUUUAGCUUUCUAUUUAAUGAUAAAUAUGUUUCUUCAAAACAUUUUCAAUCAUCAGCGGUGGAUUUACUAAGACUGGUCUCCACUGCUGGUAUCUGAGCGUGGAAAAAAAUCAGUUUUUUUUUUUAAACAACUGAGCAGCUGAAGGUGAUUAGUUAUGACCCUGUCUCGCGCUGUCGUCCAAGCUGUGUUCAUUUUUGCCACUGCUGGUAAUACGCCAAUGGAUUGAGCUUCAAUACGACGCUAUCGAGAUUUUAAUGGUGAAGCAAAGGUUGCCAUCCAUCUUGUGGGUUUGUCAUGUUGCCUUUUUUUUACACCCACACAUAUCCAGCCUAAUUGAAUUGGCUGUCAGAAAUCAAGUUAAAGGAAAAGAAUAACAAGAGCCGGGAUUGGAAAGCUCGGAGCAGGAAAGUGGUUUGAUUUAAAGAACAGCCAUGCAGGCUCUUUGGGAUAUUAUCUCCCACCUUUUGGGUUUAGAAUUCUAGUUUUCAUUAUGAGUCCAUGAAUUAAAUUGUGGUUCUUCGCUGUGCAGUAUGUGAUACGCACUCCAGAGAACCCAGUCGCACUUAAAAUAUUAUUUAAAUUGGAGUGUUUCUAUGUUUAAGAACUGAUUUGAUUGAUAUUUGUAGGCCUGUUUAUUGUUUGAAUUAAAGGUUACACAAUUUUCUGA